UCUCAGUAUCUGAUGAAGAGCUUUAGGCUUACAGGCUCCUAUGAUACCCAUUGGAUUGAUAGGGAAUUGUUUGAAGACUUUUUACUAGAGAAUGGUAUGCCAGAGCAUAGGCUUAAUGCUUACUUCAAAUACGUAAAGGCAAAGCUUUAUCCUGAAGAAGAGGAAGAUGAUGAUAUGGAUGAUAUUUCAUUCGAUGAUAGUGAUAGCGAGGAGGUAGAUGAGGAAGAAGAAGCAGCUAUACCUUCUGAUGAGGAAGGUCUUGCUGAUUUGAUCAACUUCACAAAGAAAUAUGAUGGGCUCCGUGAUAUGGAGUUUGAAACACACACCUUGAAGACCAAGGGCAAAGGCCGCAAGAAGCAGCUCGACGUUGAUAGUAUAACUGGUGAAUUUGGUGACAUUUUACAACAGCAGUGGGCCAAUGAUCGCCAACACAAACGAGAAAAGCGUAAGAAUAGAGACUCUAACAUUGCAGAGGAGCAUGCCACGUCUGUGGAUCUAUGCUUGAAGUACCCUUAUACAAUUUACGUCAAGGACAUGCGGAACGAAUUGGAGGAGUUUUUAUCAGACUCUGUACGGAAAUCUCUCACAUUCCCUCCAUUGGAUCCUCAUGGUAACAGAACCGUUCAAAAUAUGGCACACAAGUUUAACAUGAAGUCAAGGAAAUUUGGAUCUGGAAAUAAGCAGCACGUUGUGGUUAUCAAGAACAAACGUACGUAUAGAACCAUUCCGGACUAUAUGGGCAUCGAUAGAUUUCUUCAUCAGAGACCUGUUUUCAACAGAACAGACCAAAGGAGACCACGUUCUGAGAUUGACCAGGAAAAAUCAUCAAGACGUGGUAAACCAAGUAAGGCACAUAACAGAGAAGGUGAUAUCGUUGGUGCCAAUGCACCAGAGAUCUCAAGCGAUAACUUUGGUAGAAGACUGUUGGUCAAAAUGGGCUGGAAAGCUGGUCAAGGUCUUGGUCUUGGGAAUGACGGUAUAUCUGAACCUGUCAUGGCGAAGGUUAAGAAUUCCAAGCUGGGUAUUCGU